UGGGUUCCGCCCCCCCUAACCCUCCUCCUAUGACGGAGGAAGAGAAGGCCGUCGCCUCUGCACGGCGGCUCGAGGAUCCUCCGAAGUGUCAUUGCGGAGAACAAGCCGUGAUAAAUCCACGGAAUGAACUAGAGUUUGUUUGUCCUCUGCGGCGUGAAGAUCGUGGUUUUCGAAAGUGCCGUUUCAAGGAGUGGAUCUAUGGUCCAAAGAGCCAUUGGCCAGAGCCUGAGAAGCAGGAGGAGGUUCUAGAGUGGAAGAAGAAGCGGAGGUCUAUUGCGCCUCCCGUGAUGUGCAAAUGUGGUGUUGAAGCUAGCUACGGCCUAGUUCCUUCAGGUCUUGGGAUUGGCCACUUCUGUGGCCACAUGAUCGACUAUGAUGAGAGCACUCAGAAAUGCAAAUGGGAAUCAUCUGAUGAUGUGUUUAAGUUCAAAGAUGAAUAUAAGGCAAGAGUAGCAGUUCGCAAGACGAGAGGUUAUCCUACAAACUACGUCACUGAUUUUGUGAAGGACCAUAAGAAGAAAAUGCUUGCAUUCGCCCAGGAGUUGCGUGUUCGUAACCCUGCGAGUAUUGCAUGGAAGAAGUGGUCCGAGGAGAGGGAAAAGGAGAUAGAGGAGUACCGUGCAAGCAAGGCUGAAGAGCAUGCAAGGAAGGCUGCGGAGGAGGCUGAGCGAGUUGAGAUGCAAUGCUUGAACGAUACUAUUGCCUCAUUAUGUGCUAAGAUUGGAUGCACCGGAAACUGGCAAGCAGAUGUGGGCCGUGCUAAGUACGCGGAGAAUAUGAUAUUAGGGCGGGACGGUGCAGUUGGUGGCACUGCUAGCCGUCCGAUUGUGGUCGAAGAGGAGGCCGAGGCGGAGGAAGACGACGACACCGGAAGGAUAGGCGACCUCAUUCGUCUUGCCGAGGAAUUGGGGUACCCUCAGGAGGAGCAUGACUAUGAAAUGGGAAGGAUAGGCGACCUACUUCGUCUUUCAGAGGAGGGUGAGGCGUCAGGGCCGAUGCCUGUCGGUGCCUCAGAGGAGGGUGAGGCUGCAUACCACAACCAGAAGACAUCGGUCUACGACUCAUGGUGGCCAACAGACAUGACCGAGGAAGAGGGACAGUUAUACUCUCAGGCGGCAGAAGAGGCGGAGGCAGCUUACUACGAGAGACAGGCUAGUGAGGCCAAGGCAGCGGAGGCGAGCAUGGGUAAGGAGGCUGUAGUGGACGAUUGGGAGUCCGAGGACGAGUUGCUUACGCAGUGGUGCACGCAGUUUGAUUGA